AGAAAAACUCACACAAUGUGUUCAAAAUUACAGCAAUUAUUAUCUGAUAAGUUUGUAGACAUGGUUUUCGCUUCAUUUCGAAGAUACUUAAGCAUGAGGAGCCAAAGCUCCAAGGUUCAGACUUUGUAUGACCACUGCAAGAGUAUCUUCUCGCUCUCUGGAAAACCCUCUCCUCCUUCUUCCCAAGCUUUGCUGAAACUCUCUUCCAUUUUGGACACUGUUCAACCAACUGAUGUUGGGCUCAGAGUGGAAACUGCAGAUGAUGAUCGAGGGCAUGGAUUUUUUGGUGUUAACCAACUAAAUAGAGUAGCUCGAUGGGCACAGCCGAUAACUUAUGUGGACAUUCAUGAAUGUGACAGUUUUACGAUGUGUAUGUUUUGUUUUCCAACUUCUUCGGUCAUUCCACUCCACGACCAUCCUGGGAUGACUGUAUUUAGCAAACUUCUCUAUGGCUCUUUGCAUGUCAAGGCUUAUGACUGGGUUGAACCUCCCUGCAUUAUAGAAAGCAAGGAACCAGGAUAUCCUCAAGUAAGACUAGCAAAGUUAGCAGUUGACAAGGUUUUGAAUGCACCAUGUGAGACAUCAGUUUUAUAUCCAAAGCAAGGUGGAAAUCUGCACUGUUUUACAGCAGUUACACCUUGUGCUGUGCUGGACGUUCUCGCGCCUCCUUACAGAGAAGAUGAAGGAAGGAAGUGCACUUACUAUCAUGAUUAUCCUUAUUCAACAUUCUGUAAAGGAUCUAUAGGUGAUGGUGAAGAGGAUGAAUAUGCUUGGCUUGCAGAGAUAGAAACUCCUGGUGAUCUUUAUAUGCGCUCGGGGGUAUAUGCUGGCCCAGCUAUUAAGGUCUAGCUCUGCUGCUUGGAUUUAAAAGCAAUUGAAUGUUUCAUUUUAUGAAGGGUGGAUGAUGUUAAUGCCUGGAAAAUAUUCAUCUUCCAUUUUGCUCCUGGAGGCUAGUGAGUGACCCAACAAGAGGAUCUAAAAUGCUGAAUGCAAAGCACUUUCUGGUUAAUUUAUGAUGUCUCCUUUUGCUGGAUGCAUGUUUUGAACCUAGAUUUUGGUAAACAAGAUCUGCAGUAGCUCAUUAACUGGGUACUAGCCGUCGCUUUAGCUGCUAUAGUAGUCACUGUGUUCCAUUUUAGAUUCUCCCAAGUCCCAACCAACAGUAUGCAGUCUAUGAGAUAUGCUUUUCUUGUACAUUGAUAAGCAUAAUUAUUUUGUAAUGAUUCCUAUACAUCUGGUAUCUACAUCAACACUUAUCAGAGUAAUGGUAAUUCUUUUUUCUUUAUCGUCCAGAAAGUAAAAAAAAAGCAAACAACCUUCAUCA